AUGACCGGUGUGACCAAAAAAGUUUCGCAAAAGCUAAUAACGACGUCGCUACAAACUUAUUCGGUAGCUUUGAGAGGAACAACGGAGAAAUAUAUUUCACCUCAAAAAAGAGCAUAUCUAGAAAAAAAUUACAGCCCUACCGAUUUUAAACCAACAUUUAAAUGCGUUGAUACGUGGGGAAGAGCCAGGUGGAAAGCGCCGAGAAUUAGCAGGCGCAAAUUAAAUGAUAUGAGAAAAAAUUGUGAAUAUUUGAACAUAGAUCCGCAGGAAAUUGGUUUACCA